AUGAAUUUAUAUAAUUCUUCCCAGGAUUUAGCUUUACGUCUCAAAAAUAUCGAUAAUUAUUCGGCUAGUGUUGAUCAGAAUCCUAAGAAGCAAGAUAUCAGGUUUGCUGAUCUUCCCAAGCCUCGGAAACGUGCAUCACAUUAUACAGACGAAGCAAGUGAUAGAAUAUUUAAUUUUGAUUCAGAUAUAGAGGGAGAAACUGAUGAGGAGGAAGAUGAGGCAAACUUAUUGCGAACAGUUUCCGUACAAAACAGUCGUGGUAGAAAGAGGGGACGGUUUAAUAUAUUUAAACGGAAGCUGGAACUGAAGAAGAUGUUGUUAAAUCAAGAUAACGAGCUGAACGGUAGCAUCAAUUCUUCGAUAGUAACAACCUAUGGUAAAACUAAUGAUGAUAAGAGUUCUAUUUUCCGUGGUGACUACACGUACGGUUCUAUUGAUGCUGAAGACACAAAAUUUGCUGAAGAUAAUUGUUCACUGAGAAGGUCACACACCAGUGUUAUGAGUGAUACUAUAAGAAAAAUCAGAAAUAGUGUUUUCAAAAGGUCAUUAACCAGCUAUUCCAACAGAACUUUCACUCUGAUGAAUCUCAACGAAUUAAAUGAUGAAGAGUUACUGGAUUUUGCAACAAGGAAUCAUGUUAAGCCUUUUGUUUGGGGUUUCCAUGGAAGAAAUUUUAACCAUAUUCCUUUUACUAAACAACAAAAGGAGGAGCUGGAUGGCAUAGAAUACCAAGCAAUGAAACUGUUGGGGCGUGUUAUUUUUGGUUAUUACUUUGGCAUUCUGGUAAUUUCUACCUUAUGUUUAUUUUGGCUUGUUAGACAGAAAAAAGGUUAUGAAGAGAUAUUAGUUAGUGAUGGAUGUUUGAACUCUACUUGGUGGGCAUUCUUUACUGCUUUGAGUGCCUUUUCUAAUGAAGGUCUAACUCUAAACAUAUCCUCUUUCAAAGUUUUUGAUCAAGAAAUUAGUUUAUUGAGUAUCAUUACAAUUAUCGUGCUAGCAGGUAACACUGUUUUUCCAAUCAAUUUGAGAAUUUUAGUCUGGACUUUAAGGCUGAUGACCAGGCCAUCUACAAUGGCAUAUGAUUCGUUGACUUUCUUGUUGGAGCAUCCACGGCGUUGCUUUACUUUGAUUUUUCCAUCUGGUGCAACAUGGUGGUUGUUGUUUGUUCUAAUCUGUAUGAACAUGCUAGACUGGGCGUUAUUUGCAGUUUUGGAUUUUGGACGUGAAAGUCUAAGCUAUUUGCCUGAGUGGUAUAAGGGAUUUGAUGGUUUGUUUCAGGUAAUUUGCACGAGAACCACUGGGUUCAAUGUUUUCCAAUUGGCAGACUUUAGCCAUGCCUUCCAAUUGAGCUAUGUUGUCAUGAUGUACUUAUCUGCGUUACCACUUGCAAUAUCUAUUAGGAGCACUAAUGUUUAUGAAGAUCAGUCACUGGGAAUCUAUAAGCUAGACGAAGAAACCGCUUACACAAAACCUAAACUAGAAUAUAUUGUUGCACAUAUAAGGAAGCAAUUGUCAGAUGAUAUAUGGUUCAUUUUCUGUGCUGUUUUUAUUAUCUGUGUUGUUGAAGGACAGCAUCUCGAUGCCGGCGAUAUUGAUUUUGAUAUUUUCAGGGUAAUAUUUGAGGUUGUGUCUGCUUAUGGUACUGUUGGGUUGACUUUAGGUUACCCGGGGUCUUUUGCAUCAUUCUGUGGAGAGUUUCAUGCUAUCUCAAAGCUGGUAAUCAUGGUAGCUAUGCUAAGAGGUCGUCAUAGAGACUUGCCAAAUGCUAUUGAUAGGUCCAUUCUACUUCCGGGAAAAAAGCUAAACAGCAUUGAUGAUAAAGAAAAUGAGAUUCACCUGCAAAGGGUCGGUACAGAUAUAUCAGGAGAGCUGACUGGUGGGUACUUCUGA